UUUUCUUCUUCUCUCUACUUUCUCUCUCUAAAAGCUCUUUUGAUCUCCCUGGAAUCUCUCUCUUGCGUCAGGAGUUUGCAUUUUGUGAUUAUGCGACCCUUUUAGUGUCCCCGAUACUCUUUUGGUUUCGCCUUUUUGCCCUCUCUCCGUAUCUCGCUUUUCGAAGCUAAUCGAAUCUGAUUAUCUCUCUGUACUCUCUCUACUUUUUCUCUCUUGAUUUGCUUUUUGGCUGCUGUAAUUGCAGCCUUUUGAAAUGAUAUUUGAAUCUUAAGUAGUAAUUUAUAUGAAUUUCUUUGAUUUAAACCUAAUUUAUUUUUAAAAGCUUGAAUUUUGACUUCCCAAUUAUUUAUUGUUUGUGAUUCAAUAUGCGGUUUUUAAGGUAAUGGUGAUAUGUAACAGUUUGGUGUCUAUCCGAAUGAAUGUUGAUUACUUGAUGCUUCAGCUAGUUUUUUUUUUUUUUUUUUUUUUUUUCAGAACACUGAGAGUUUAUUCAGCGUGUUGUUACCUCUUGAUGUGAACUUUCAUGUGAAUAGGCCGAAUUUUCACACUGCACACAGAGUCUUGUCUCUGUUAUUCUUUAUAUCUUGUCAUAAUUCUAAUAAGCGUUAAAAAAGAGAAGAAAUGAAAUGAAAAAAUCCAUUGUCCAUUUGAACAAGCGUUCUUUUCCUCUCGAUUCUCUCUCCCCCUUCCCUGUUUAUGCACGUAUUAUUCCGUUGCCUGUUAAAAUGUUUAUGUUUUGCACUAGUUGUUGGUACAUUUUUCUGAAUUAAACCCUUUGAUUGAGCUUCUACCUUGAAGCUUAAUGCUCUCUUAUUUGGUGGCACUUAUUCUUCAUUUUUGCACCAGGUGUUAGAAAUGAAUGGGAUUCAGAAUGGCAAAAGCAACAAUCUUGAGAAGUCCUUUCCGGGAUGCUUGGGAAGAAUGGUCAACCUCUUUGAUUUGAGUACAGGUGUAUCAGGAAACAGGCUGCUCGCGGAUAAACCAUAUUGUGAUCGUGAUGCAGGAUCUCCGUUCUCAAGAAGCCGAUCAGAUGCGUCAACAAAAUAUCCAAUUGAUGAUCAGAUAGAGGAUAAAGUGAUAAUGUCUGAGCUAAGGAGAACUUCAAAUAAAAAAGCAAAUGGAACACCAGUGAAGACAUUAAUAGCCCAGGAAAUGUCAAAAGAAAUGGAUUCCAAGCAUAAUCCACCCAGUGUAGUUGCCAAGUUGAUGGGGCUUGAUGCCCUCCCUCAGAGGAAACCUGAUUCAGUGGUGCAAAAAAUACAUUCAAGAGGAUAUUCACGAAGUUAUUCAGGCGUACCCUUGGAUUAUUGGCAGCAAAAAAAUGGGUUCUUGGACGUGCAAAUGCAACAUGAGGUUCAUCAGUGUCCAGAGCAGAAUGAAUACAGAGAUGUUUAUGAAGUAUGGCAGCAAUCACAAAAAGCAAAUCUUUUAAGAGAGAAAUCACCACAGAAGGGAAGGCAUAAUGAGAAUAUGAAUGAGAAAAAGAUGGCUCUUGUUCGUCAGAAAUUCAUUGAAGCAAAACGCCUGGCAACCGAUGAAAAACUUCGCCACUCCAAGCAAUUCCAAGAUGCAUUGGAAGUUUUGAAUUCCAACAAAGAUUUAUUCCUGAAGUUCCUGCAAGAACCAAAUUCCCUGUUCUCUCAGCGUCUAUACAAUUCACAGUCCAUUUCCCAGCCUCCCGAGACAAAGCGCAUCACUGUUCUUAGACCUUCUAAGAUGAUGGAUAAUAACAAAUUUGCUGGAUCAGGGAAGAAGGACGCAAAAGAGACAAAGAAGGCACCCCAUGUUGGUCAGGUGAUUGGGCGGGAUAAAAGAAUUACUGAAUUUUCUCAUCCUGCCAAUUGUAGGGUUGAUAAUUAUUCUAUUCAAUCGACGCGAAUAGUAGUAUUGAAACCUAGCCCUGGGAAGCCUUAUGAUACUGAGGCUGUGGUUUCGCCACCUUCCUCAUCACCAAGAAUUCUACAUGGUGAAGAAUUCUGUGUGGAACCAGAAGAUGAUGAAGCACGAGAAUCAAGAGAAGUGGCAAAGGAUAUCACACGGCAGAUGUGCGAAAAUUUGAGUGGGCAUCAGAGAAAUGAAACUUUGCUUUCUUCAGUGUUGUCGAAUGGCUAUACUGGUGAUGAAAGUUCGUUUAAUAAAUCAGAAAAUCAGUAUGCAGCGGGAAAUCUCAGCGAUUCUGAAGUGAUGUCACCAACUUCUAGGCAUUCAUGGGAUUACAUCAAUAGGUUUGGUAGCCCUUAUUCUUCAUCCUCCUUCAGCCAUGUUUCUUAUUCUCCAGAGUCAUCAGUGUGUAGAGAAGCUAAGAAGCGACUCUCUGAAAGAUGGGCCAUGAUUGCAUCUAAUGGGACUUUUCAAGAACAAAGACAUGUCCGGAGAAGCUCUAGUACUUUAGGUGAGAUGCUUGCACUUUCUGAUACUAAGAAGUCUGUAAGGUCUGCGGAAGAAGAAAAUGGUAGUAAUAACAAAGAAGAACCAAGGGGAUCAACUUCAAGAUUGAUUAGUGGUUUGGAUAAAGAUGAAUCUGUGGAUGGUUCUCCUAGGAAUCUUUUGAGGUCAAAAUCCCUUCCCGUUUCUUCAGCGGCAUAUGGGGCUAGGCUAAAUGUUGAAGUUUCACAUCCAGAGUUUGGUAAAACAGAUGACCCCAAGGAGCUGACAAAGACAAGGAGCGGAAAAUCAUCAUUCAAAGGAAAAGUGUCGAGUUUAUUUUUCUCAAGGAAUAAAAAAUCUAGUAAAGAAAAACCUAAGGCUUCUCAAACCAAAGAUAAGUUUCAAGAAUCUUCUGGAAUGCCUGUACAUUCUCCGGGAAAAGUUGAUGAUGAUAUGUCCAAAUAUGCUAAUGAUGUUGGCUUUGAAGGGGGUUUGUUGACUGGGUUACACGGAUCAUUGAGCAAAAUGCAGUCGCCAGAUUUAAUUGGCAUGGGACUGAGACAAGGCAUAAUUUCUCAUGAGGUUGGAUUGCCUGUAACAAAGAAUGUCGCGCCUGGAUAUUCAAGUGAGAACCAGGACCAGCCAAGUCCAAUCUCAGUUUUAGAGCCUCCAUUUGAAGAGGAUGACAAUGCAACUACGGAGUCCUCUGGCUAUGUCAAACCAGACCAACAGGGACCAGAAAUGCUUGCCAGACCUAUUCAAUCAAACCUAAUUGAUAAAUCACCGCCUAUUGGAUCAAUUGCUCGAACUCUGUCAUGGGAUGGUUCCGCUGUAGAGACAACCACUUCAUAUCGAUUGAAACACUCCUUGGCCUCCAAAGGAGCGGAGAAGGAAGAACAAGAAUGGCUCUUCUUUGUACAAACAUUAUUGUCAGCAGCCGACCUCAAUUGUGAGGUGCACUCUGAAUCACUUUUUUUUAGAUGGCAUUCGCCUGAAAGUCCACUGGACCCAUCACUCAGAGACAAAUAUAUCGACCUGAACAACGAGGAGGCAAUGCAUGAGACUAAUCGAAGGCAACAGAGAUCAACCAGGAAGCUUGUAUUCGAUUGUGUCAAUGCAGCGCUGGUGGACAUAACAGAGUAUAGGUCAGACACAAGCCUAAGAGCCAUACUAAGUGGUCAGGUCCACAACAGGGUAUCAGAGGGUGCAUCGCCCAUAAUGGUGGACCGUGUGUGGUCCCGGAUGAAAGAAUGGUUUUCCAGCGAGGUGAGGUGUGCUUCAGGUGAUGGUGGGGACGGUAACAGCCUGGUGUUGGAGAGAGUGGUGAGGAAGGAGGUGGUAGGUGAGGGUUUGGCUGAGCAUGUGCCCCGGGAAAUAGAUAAUAUUGGAAAGGAAAUUGAAGCGAAACUGCUGGAAGAGCUUGUGCAAGAGGCUGUGGAUGAAUUAACUUGUAAGACAUGACGAGGCUUUUUUGUUUUUCCUUCUAAUUUAACUCCAUUAUCUGUGUAUUUUUAUGUUUUUCAACGAUGAUGAUCCCUCCAACCACUAUUUGUUUAGUGCUCUAGAUUGUUGCUAAUGUGUAUUUGUUUUAUAUAUGGAUUUCCUUGUACUUUCAGAUUUUGUAUUUUUCUAAUCCAACUCUCCGCACUACAUUUAUAUAUAUAUAUAUAUAUAGACAGUUGUAUAUA